GGCUCUGUUGCAGAGAAAGUCAAUACCCCUGCAAGGGGAGGAGGGAGGGGGUGGCCUCACCCACACGGCUGCCACCCCAAGCCCGGAGCUAACUAGCCCCCCCUCUCAUGACUCAUCCUAAAAUAAGGAAGGAAGGGGGAUAGGCAGUGGGACUGGGAACUGAGCGAGACACAACAGAAGGGAGGCCAGCUCGCCAGGUUCCAGUCGCUGCAGCCCAGCCCAGCAAGGGAGAAGGCAGCAGUGGGCGACGAUCACCAUGGCGCUCUUCCUGGGGAUGGCUCUCCUGGCCCACCUUCCAGGCCUCCUGCACGCUGUACCGACCUUGGAAGGACCUGCCAAAAUAACUGGCCCCUGGAAAGGGAAUCUCAAAAUCAACUGCACUUAUCAGCCCAUGGAAGGUUACACCCAAGUCCUAGUGAAGUGGUUGAUACAGCAGGAUAGUAACCCUGAAACCACCAUCUUCUUGCGAGAUUUGUCUGGGGACCACAUUCAGCAGGCCAAGUAUCGAGGCCGAAUACAGGUGAGCAGAGAGGCCCCCGGAGAUGUGUCUCUGGAACUGGACACCUUGGAGAUGGAUGAUAGGGGUCGCUAUCUGUGCCAAGUCACCUGGAAGAUCCCUGAUGGUGAAUUGAAGGUGACAGAGAGGACCACAGAACUGCAGAUCAAAAAACUUCCAGCCUCGAAGCCCGUAGUGACCACAGGCUCUGGAUAUGGCUUCAAGGUGCCCCAGGGCAUGAGAAUCAGCCUUCUGUGCCAGGCCAAAGGCUCUCCACCGAUCACCUACAAGUGGUACAAGGGGGAGCCAGAUGGCACUCCGACCCAGGUGGCUACCCUCGGCACCCUCCUCUUCAAGCCCGCCGUGCUCUCCGACUCUGGGUCCUACUUCUGCAUAGCCAAGGCUCGCGUUGGCCCUGAGCAGUUCAGUGAUGUUGUUCAGUUUGUGGUCACAGAUCCCUCCAAGAGGCCCACAACAGAGCUCCAGCCUGGGACACUGACAAUCAGGACAACCCCCCUGGAAGCAACGCAUCGCGCCACCGCAGAGCCGUCACCUAGGCAACCAACGACUGCGGGGGCGGACCAUGCUGGGGGCAGCCCGAAAGGGCCAGUGAUGCAUUCUGGGUCCCCCAGUUUGGCUCCGAGAGGCAGGCUGACCAUCUCCCCCACAUUCACUGGGCCAGCAGGGGCCUGCCCCUGUAUGCCAUCAUCCUCAUCAUUCUCUUCUGCACUGUGUUGCUCUUCACCGUGGGCUUCGUGUUCUGCCGGAGGCACACACAACAAGAGGAAGAAACUGAGGCCAAGAGAAGCUGCCCCAAACCAAAUGGGGAGUAAGUGACAGAGCAGAAACUCUGACUCCAAAGUCAGGAUUCUUCCCACUGAAUUAUGGGACAGAAAAAUGAAAGACAUCUCCAUCAGUAAAGAGGAAACAAGGAUCAAAAUUUGUUUUCAAUCUACUCCCCUAUAUUAUAUAUUAUGUCACCUAUCUGUGCUCCAGUCAGACUGGCCUCCACCCAUAGAUGCUCCCUACUGCUUUCUCCUCUUGGAACACCUUCCCCUUCUCUCUGUGGUUUCAGAUUCUCUCCAUGCAUGAAUCAGGCCCAAAUCCUUCCCUCCUCACUCAGUUUCCCUGACCACCCCAGUGUUCCUUCCCUCCUCUGACUUUCCUAAAGCAUACCGCUUUUCAUCAUGGCCUUCUCCCACUCAACCAUGGCCAGUGACUCCCCAAAGAGUUUUCUCUUUCUCCUGGUACAACCUAAGGCACCCUGAAUGUUUGAGUUGGCAGCACUGUUGGAGAAUCAGGGGCCUCUGGCAUUGGCAUUUUCCCUUCUAGAAUAAAGAGCGGCUGUUUGGGGCCAGUUCUUUGCUAGUUCAAGGCCUGACGUGUUUCAAAGUUAGUGCGUAUGUGUAGGGUGUUUUGCAAGUACCGUACUUCCAACUCCGUGUGAGCUGGGAGAACACAAUUGCUAUUAGCCACGCUUCUUUAUGGAUUUUCGUUUUGUGGCAAUAACAGAACAUUGCCAACUUUGUGGCCCUCCUCGUGCCACUUGCCUAUGCCUUUGAGACCCAGGCUAAAGAGGGAAGGAGCAAGUCCCGACUCCAGACAUUCCGGGCCCUCCAGGGAGGAGCCCUUCCUGCCUUUCGCAUUUCUCUCUUCCUCUGUCCCUUCAGAUGCCCUCUGCUAAGGCUUGGCCUCGAUGCUCACUCAUUGGCUUCUGGGACUUCUGGUGUAAUAUGUUGUUUAAGCCUCCUAUAUACAAGCCUUCGAUUUUCUUGUGGGUGCGUCUUACUUCUCGGACCAGGCCGGGCGCUCUCUAAGAGCACAGACUGGGUUCCAUCUUUCUGUUGAGAGGCGAUGGCCCAAGAGAAGGCCUCUUUCCUGCUCCCCUUGCUGCCCCCUUUGAUUUGCUCCUCUUGAAAGCUCCUAAUUUGGCUUCUGCCUCCUAGAGUUCUGCCUACUGGGAACUUAUCGAUCCCAAAUUGUAGCGGCUUCCUCAGGAAAAAGUGGCUUCUAGUUGGCCCCAGUGGGGAGAAUUAGGAGCAAUGAGGGCAUGUGCACACCAAGGCUUGAUGGGUCAAGUCAAGUCAAGUCAAGAAGCACUAGGUAGCUGUUUACAAGACAAGCCUUAUAACAACUCGAGGGGUCCAAAUGUGGAAUGCGCUACCUUGGAAAGAAGAGAGUUCCCCAUCACUAGAGGUGUUUAAGUGGGGGCUCCAAUGCUGUGGAGGCCACUAGAGAGUCUCUGAGGAAUUCUUAGUCAUAGAAUUUUAGACCCAGAGGUGUCCUUAAAGGCGAUUUGGGGCAAUGACCAUGUUGUGGAGGCCAAUGACUUGCCCAAGGUCUAUAGUAAUGGGUGACAGAGCCCCAGUCUGCUGCAUACUUGUCCCAAGAAGAUACAAAGAGGUGAUGGGGUCCUCAACUGACUGUUAAGGUAGGAAUAGGCCCUAUAGGCAGAUGCCAUUGGAUCAGGGCUCAGGUUUACCCCACCCAUUGGCUACUGCUCUUUGGGUCCAGAUCCAGGGCUCCUGGCAGCUUUUGCUCAAUCUGUCUGGCUCCUGGUUUAUUGGGAAGCACCUAGGCAGGGGCUAUUCACUGUGGGUCCCUCCUCAGGGACAACCAAGGCCAGAGAAGAUGUGGGGCAGAGCUCCCCAUGUAGAGACUAGAGUAGGCAUGAGCAGAGUUGGCCUGGCCUGUCCAGACCGUGGUCCUUGGGGCAUCUAGCCUGCUAUAAUAAUGAGGAGGACGUAGCUUUGUGUUACAGUGGGUAGAGGACCAGGGCCUAGACUCAGGAAGACUUGAGUUCAAAUCUGGUCUCAGACACUUCCAACUGGGUGGCCCUGUACAAGUCACUUACCCAGUUGCCUCAGUUUCCUCCUCUGUAAAAUUAUCUGGAGAAGGAAAUGGCAAAGCACUCCAGUAUCUCUGCCAAGGAAACCCCAAAUGGGGUCAAGGACAGUUAGACAUGACUGAAAAAUCACAGAACAACAACAAAUAGUAAUAAUAGCCUAUGUUUCUCUGGUUCAUUGCCUGUUAUUUACAGGACACCUGAUAUUUAGCUGAGCCACGUGAGGCAAGCAGUACCACAGUGAUUAUUCCUGGUUUAGAGGAGGAAAACUCGGGCUUAGAGGAGAGUGACUUGUUCAAGGUCACCUCACUGAGACAGACUAUCAGAGUGAGAAGGGGACCAGCUUUAGAGGAAGACACCAUGCCACUCUCUAGCCUCAUGACCUCAGACAAGUCCCAUUCCUUCUCAAAACCUCUUUCCCCAUCUGCAAAAUGGGCAGAGUCAUGCUCAAAUGUGGGGGAAGUACUUUGUAAAGGUCACAGGUUCUAGAAAUUCAGAAAUGGCAGUGCUGGGCUGGGCAGGGGAGCUCCUAGGCUCCGAUUUUCCCCUUCUUCCUUGUCCUCCCAAGGGAGCACCUCAUCCCCUCCUCACUCAGGAGGCUGUCCUUGAACCCUGACAGAAGCUACCCUCCUC